AAGAUGGCACAACGCGUGUUUUUGUUGCUGCUGUGGCUCUUUAGCAGAUCGUUCGCGGGAUUUCCCAAUCAGAUCAACAUAGGGGGACUCUUUAUGCGAUCCACGGUGCAGGAGCACAGCGCUUUUCGGUUCGCCGUGCAACUCUACAACACCAACCAAAACACCACCGAGAAGCCUUUCCACCUCAACUACAACGUGGACAACCUCGAGUCGUCCAACAGCUUUUCAGUCACCCAUGCAUUUUGUUCCCAGUUCUCCCGUGGAGUCUACGCGAUCUUCGGAUUCUACGACAAGAAGUCCAUGAACACCCUGACCUCCUUCUGCGGUGCCCUGCACACCUCCUUCGUCACACCCAGUUACCCCACCGAUAAUGAGGUGCAGUUUGUCAUCCAGAUGCGUCCCGCGCUGCGGGGUGCUGUCCUCAGCCUGCUCUCACACUACAAGUGGCAAAAGUUUGUCUACCUCUACGACACCGACCGAGGUUUCUCUAUAUUGCAGGCCAUCAUGGAGGCAGCAGUAGCUAACAACUGGCAGGUCACUGCCCGGUCUGUGAGCAGCACAACAGAUGCGGCGGAGUUCAAACGCAUCAUUGAGGAGAUGGACAGGAGGCAAGAGAAGCGUUAUGUGAUUGACUGUGAAGUGGACAGGAUCAACACCAUACUGGAACAGGUUGUGACCCUGGGGAAGAACAGCCGAGGCUACCACUACAUUCUGGCCAAUCUCGGGUUUUCCAACGUAAGUUUGGACAAGGUCUUCGCUGGGGGAGCCAACAUUUCUGGGUUCCAGAUAAUCAACCCGGAGAACCAGGUUGUGCAGCAGUUUAUGCAGCGCUGGGAGCGGCUGGAUGAAAGGGAAUUCCCAGAGGCCCGAAACACUCCUCUGAAGUACACUUCAGCUCUGACCCAUGAUGCCAUCCUGGUGAUAGCAGAAGCCUUCCGGUACCUACGGCGCCAACGUGUGGAUGUAUCGCGUCGGGGAAGCGCAGGGGACUGUCUAGCCAACCCUGCUGUACCAUGGAGCCAAGGCAUUGACAUUGAAAGAGCUCUCAAAACAGUCCAAGUGCAAGGUAUGACCGGGAACAUCCAGUUUGACAACUAUGGCCGAAGGACCAACUUCACCAUUGACGUCUAUGAGAUGAAAACAGGUGGGCCAAGGAAGAUUGGGUACUGGAACGAGUACGAGCGAUUUGUAAAUAUUAUGGACCUGCAGGUCACCAACGAAUCCUCCUCUGUGGAAAACCGAACCAUUGUGGUCACUACUAUUAUGGAAGCUCCUUAUGUGAUGUACAAGAAAAAUUAUAUGCAUCUGGAGGGGAAUGACAGAUAUGAAGGCUACUGCGUCGAUUUAGCAUCUGAGAUUGCCAAACAUGUUGGAAUUAAGUACAAACUGUCUAUAGUAAUGGAUGGGAAGUACGGAGCCCGAGACCCCGAGACCAAGACGUGGAACGGGAUGGUGGGUGAACUGGUCUAUGGGAGAGCAGAUAUAGCUGUCGCACCUCUCACCAUAACUCUGGUUCGAGAGGAGGUGAUAGACUUUUCCAAGCCCUUUAUGAGCUUGGGCAUCUCCAUUAUGAUAAAGAAGCCCCAAAAGUCCAAGCCUGGUGUGUUCUCCUUCCUGGACCCGCUGGCCUAUGAGAUCUGGAUGUGUAUAGUGUUUGCCUAUAUUGGGGUGAGCGUGGUUCUGUUCCUGGUCAGUCGGUUCAGUCCUUAUGAGUGGAACCUGGAGGAGCAAGAUGAGACCAAAGAUCCUCAGACACCCCCGGAUCCACCUAAUGACUUUGGCAUCUUCAACUCCCUCUGGUUUUCACUGGGAGCCUUCAUGCAGCAGGGCUGUGACAUCUCACCCAGGUCUUUGUCAGGUCGUAUCGUUGGUGGUGUGUGGUGGUUCUUCACCCUCAUCAUCAUCUCAUCCUACACAGCCAACCUUGCUGCCUUCCUGACAGUAGAGAGGAUGGUGUCGCCCAUAGAAAGUGCUGAGGAUCUGGCCAAGCAAACAGAGAUAGCGUAUGGAACGUUGGACUCAGGCUCCACAAAAGAGUUCUUCAGGCGAUCCAAAAUAGCCGUGUAUGAGAAAAUGUGGUCAUACAUGAAAUCUGCUGAACCCUCAGUAUUUGCUAAGACCACCCCUGACGGCGUAGCCCGGGUGCGAAAGUCAAAGGGCAAGUUCGCCUUUCUCCUCGAGUCCACCAUGAACGAGUACAUCGAGCAGCGGAAGCCUUGCGACACCAUGAAAGUGGGCGGGAACCUCGACUCUAAGGGCUACGGUGUGGCGACACCCAAAGGCUCAGCAUUAAGAACUCCUGUAAACCUUGCAGUAUUGAAACUCAGUGAACAAGGCAUCUUAGACAAGCUGAAAAACAAAUGGUGGUACGAUAAGGGUGAAUGUGGAACCAAGGACUCGGGAAGUAAGGACAAGACAAGUGCUCUCAGCCUAAGCAAUGUGGCUGGUGUCUUCUAUAUUCUGGUUGGAGGGCUGGGGCUUGCCAUGAUGGUGGCUCUGAUAGAGUUCUGUUAUAAGUCACGACAAGAAACCAAACGGCUGAAAUUGGCAAAGAAUGCCCAGAACUUUAAGCCGGCUCCCCCAACCAACACCCAGAACUUUGCCACAUACAGAGAAGGCUACAACGUAUACGGAACCGAGAGUGUUAAGAUCUAG